AUGUCGACGGAACGGCGGAAAAAAACUCUAAAGCUGCACCAACGCAGCAUAGUCACAUCUUUCAACCUUAUUAAAACCUUCGUGGACAGCUACGAUGAAACCAGGGAUGUUGCAGAAGUGCCGGUGCGCCUUGAAAAUCUGGUUUCAUUGUGGACAGAUUUCAGCAAAAUCCAGUGCGAAUUGGAAUCGCUGGAUGAAGCUAACCUCGACGAUCAACUCAAACAACGUGCCGAUAUAGAAUCCCAAUAUUAUAAAGUUAAAGGCUUUCUGCUUGCCGUUAAUAAAUCGCCAUCUACACCGAGCGUAACGCCUUCAAAUAUUUCAACCGCUCAAUACGCUCCAUCGAAUUCGAACAUUCGCCUACCAGAUGUAAAGCUACCUAUAUUGAGCGGCAGUCUCGAUAGCUGGCUAAACUUUCACGAUUUAUACAUCUCGCUGGUUCAUUCGUCACAGGAUUUGUCCAACAUUCAAAAGUUUUAUUAUCUUCGCUCGUCUGUUGCCGUCGAUGCCUUGAAGCUAAUCCAAACCAUUCCGCUCAGUGCAAACAACUAUCCGGUCGCAUGGAAUCUGUUAGUUGAGCACUUUCAGAACACAGCCAGAUUGAAACAAUCAUAUGUCGAUGCACUUUUCGAAUUUUCUCCGCUUAAGCGUGAAUCGGCGACUGAGCUCCACUCGUUAGUUGAGAAGUUUGAGGCGAACGUUAAGAUACUUCAACAGCUAGGUGAAAAAACAGAAUUUUGGGACGUUUUGCUGAUACGCAUGCUUAGCACACGGCUUGACCCAACGACUAGAGGGGAUUGGGAAGAGCACUCUUCCACUCGUGACACGGUUUCGUUUCCCGAUCUCACAACGUUCAUUCAAAGAAGGGUUACAGUCCUGCAAACCAUUAGCGGAAAUACAACCGAGGCUUCUUCAAAUGCUUUUCUCAAGAGGCAACCAGCUUCCCGUCCAUUUGCGAGCCAUGGGGCUACCCAAUUCCAGUCUCGAAAGUGCAGCGUUUGUUCGGAACAACAUCCCUUAUACAUGUGCGCUAAAUUUGCGAAAAUGGAUAUUCAAGAGAAGGAAAAGGAAGUGUGUCGGCUACAACUUUGUCGAAACUGUCUGCGCUCGGGUCAUGUCGGAAAGGAUUGUUCCUCAUUUAGUUCAUGUAAAAGAUGUCAAGGUAGACAUCACACGCAAUUAUGCCAAAAUAAAGCUCGAGUCUUGCCAAGUGAGUCGUCGAACGUGUCUGCUCAAAUUCCGUCGUCUUCAAGUCAGCAAGGUGAGCUGCCACCUAUAUCGUUUUCUGCCAUCCAGCCGCAACCGACUACUCAUGCUUCGGCCACACGAAAGCGAACGCGUGUUUUGCUUGCCACUGCCGUGGUGAUUGUGAUCGACGAUAAUGGAACGCGGCACGCUGCACGUGCACUUUUGGAUUCCGGUAGUGAAUGCUGUUUCGCAACUGAAUCCUUUUCGCAACUGAUCAAGGUUCAGCGUAAGAAAAUUACCAUCCCGAUUGCGGGUAUUGGCCAAUCUGCAACUCAGACUAAAGGAAAAUUUUCGUCACUUGUCUGCUCUCGUAUUACCGAUUAUUCUGCUACUGUCGAAUUUCUCGUACUUCCAAAGGUUACUGUCGAUCUUCCAGCAACUUCUGUUAACAUAGUGCCUGGUAGAAUUGCCCUCGGCGACGACCUACCAACAUUAGUAAAUUCCGUUUUCGGUUGGGUAGUCACAGGAAAAAAUCUCCAUUGCUCCUCCCAAUCUCCAAUAAUCGCAAAUGUCGCCUCUGUCGCCGAUGUGCAUCAGCUAAUGGAAAGAUUUUGGAAGAUUGAGGAAGAUAGCACGGAACCGUGUUAUUCUCUUGAAGAAGCUGCAUGCGAGGAGUAUUUUCGACGGACAGUAACUCGUACUACAGAAGGGCGGUAUAAGGUUCGUCUGCCACUGAAGAAAACCGUACUGGAAACUAUUGGUGAUAAUCGCAAAACUGCUAUCCGCCGAUUCCAUUUACUUGAAAACCGACUCCAGCGAAACCCAACGCUUUGCAAACAGUAUAGUGAUUUCAUGCGCGAAUAUGAAGAUUUAGACCAUAUGCAACGUGUUACACGCGACGAUUCAAGACACUCGAUUUACCAUCUACCUCAUCAUGCGGUUAUAAAGGAAGAAAGCACCACAACUAAAGUACGGGUAGUAUUCGAUGCUUCGUGCAAAACGCCCAAAGGCCCAUCACUGAACGAUGCAUUGUUAGUGGGGCCAAUCGUACAAGAUGAUCUUCGUUCCAUCAUUAUGCGCUCUAGAAUCCAUCCCGUUAUGCUAAUUGCAGACAUUAAACAGAUGUAUCGACAAAUUUUAGUUGACAAGCGUGACACUCCUCUGCAGCGCAUAAUUUGGAGAAAUUCACCGGAAGACCCUCUCGAUACUUACGAGUUGAAAACCGUGACUUACGGGACGGCUAGCGCACCAUUUUUAGCCACACGAGUUUUGCAGAAACUAGCUGACGAUGAACAGAAUGACUUUCCCGAAGCAGCGAGCGUGUUACGUAAGGAUUUUCACGUUGACGAUUUAUUUUCCGGCAGCAGCACUGAAACCGACGCGAUCACUCUCAGAAAUCAGCUUGAGACGAUUUUGGCAAGAGGAGGCUUCCAACUCCGCAAAUGGGCAUCAAACAAGCCUGCAGUGUUGGCGGACAUUUCAAUUGAAAAUAGAGCGAUUCAGCAAUCAGUUGACUUGGACCGUGGCCAAUGCAUCAAGACACUUGGGAUUCACUGGGAACCCACUACUGACAUUCUUAAAUAUAAUGUUAAAUUACCUAAGCCGGACUCGACGAUUGCACUCACAAAACGCAUUGCUCUAUCAUAUAUUGCACAACUUUUCGAUCCACUUGGUUUGGUGGGUCCGGUUGUGACAACGGCAAAACUAUUUAUGCAAGCGCUAUGGACGCUAAAGGAUGAACACGGAAAUAUAUGGAGUUGGGACAGGGAACUACCCUCAACGCUACAAAAUCGCUGGACCGUUUACCACACACAGCUGCCCCAUCUAAACCAACUCAACAUCAAUCGGGGUUUGUGUUCGGAUGUUUACAGCGACAACGGUCGCAACUUUAUUGGAGCUGCCAACGAACUACGUAAAUUGAUACAGAGCGAGCAACAUAGAAUGGCACUACAGCAAGAAUGUGCAUCACAAGGCAUUAGAUGGCACUUCAAUCCUCCUUUGGCAUCGCAUUUCGGUGGCUUGUGGGAGUCGGCAAUUAACUCGGCGCAGAAACACUUUCUGCGUAUAUUGGGUAAUCAAACUCUAUCAUACGUCGACACAGAAACACUUCUUUCUCAAAUUGAGUGUUGCCUUAAUUCACGACCUCUUGUACCGCUUAGCGAUGACCCAACAGAUUUCGAACCUUUAACGUCCGGCCACUUUCUUAUUGGUUCUGCACUGAAAGCUGUACCAGACACCGAUUUCACCGCAAUACCGUUCAAUCGUCUGAAAAAAUGGCAACAAACCCAAAAAAAGUUUCAGCAUAUUUGGAACCGAUGGCACAGAGAAUACCUGUCAACACUUCAACCACGAGCGAGAUGGUGCAAUCCACCCGUGCAACUUGCUAAGGAUCAACUUGUUAUUUUGAUGAACGAGAAUCUUCCUCCGAUGCAGUGGCCGAUGGCUAGAAUUGAAGAGCUACAUCCGGGAGCUGAUGGCAUAGUUCGAGUAGUUACGGUCAGGACACCCCGAGGCAGCUACAGACGUCCAGUGACGAAAAUCUGUCUGUUGCCCUCAUCGGCAUCAGAUGAACAACAUAGAGAAAACUAA